AAGACGUCUCUGAUCACGAGGUUCAUGUAUGACAGCUUUGACAACACAUAUCAGGCCACAAUCGGAAUAGACUUCCUGUCAAAAACGAUGUACUUGGAGGACCGAACGGUGAGGUUGCAGCUGUGGGACACGGCUGGACAGGAGCGCUUUAGGAGCCUCAUUCCCUCCUACAUACGAGACUCUACUGUGGCCGUGGUGGUUUAUGAUAUUACAAAUGUGAACUCCUUCCAACAAACGUCCAAAUGGAUCGACGAUGUCAGAACAGAGAGAGGGAGUGAUGUCAUUAUCAUGCUAGUUGGCAACAAAACAGACUUGGGAGACAAGAGGCAGAUCACCAUAGAAGAAGGAGAACAGCGGGCCAAGGAGCUCAGCGUCAUGUUUAUUGAGACCAGUGCCAAGACAGGCUACAACGUCAAACAGCUGUUUCGGCGUGUGGCGUCUGCCCUUCCCGGGAUGGAGAGCAUGCAGGAGACGAGCAAGGAGGGAAUGAUUGACAUCAAGAUGGACAAACCGCAGGAGCCUCCGACCACUGAAGGCGGGUGCUCCUGUUGAUCCUGAUUGGAAGUGUUCAUCUACACCACUUGCUUGUGUUACUUCCUAUUGGUUAGCCUCCACUUGAGUUUUCAGAUUAGAAAUCUGGUCUUUUCAUCUAAAUAUUGGUUAUCAGUUGGAAACUAUCGUUAUACACGUAAAACAUUGUACUUUAUUAACAAAUAAUGCCAAAAGAAAAGUCUUUAAAAUUAUUACAAUGGUCAUAAUCAGGAACAAAAAAUGUCCCUUAACAUGUCAAAUUAUACUUUGUUUUUGUAAAAGUAGAACGUUUCCCUUUUUGUAUUUUUGUAAUGUUAAAGACAUAAAAAGACACAGACAACCACUCCUCUUGGUUUAGAGGCUCAAAUGGCACCCUGUUGUUCCCUAUAUAGUGCACAAAUAAAGCCCUGGUAAGUGCACUCUGAAGGGAAUAGGGUGUCAUUGUGAUGGAAGGAAAGAGAUGAAUUGGAAUACACCAUCUCUAAUGGUUAGAGAGGGCAAACUGACCGGUAACUUUUCACUGAAUAUCUAAUGCCUGCAUGCCAAUUAUUAUUAUUAUUUUAUAUAUAUAUAUAUAUAUAUAUUAUUUUUAGGUUGGCCUAUUAAUGUGCUGUCUGCUGAUGUACACCGUUUGGAUAUGAAAAUGCUCUUAACCUACACAUUUUUUCACUCAUUUAUUUUUGUCUUCAUAAAAUGCUGUGAUUGAAGCUGGAUUUGAAUAGUGUGUGUGUGUGUGUGUGUGUGUGUAAAUGUACGCUUUCUAUAUAAGACACUGUAGAAUGCAACCAUCCAUUGAGGGCAGCUGCCAAACUGCGUCCUCACAGGGGGCCCAUGUUCUAGCUGGUUAUCACAACUGUAGAGGGGCUUAGGUUUGCCGCGUCACUCCUCCUAGCUGCUGUUGUUGCGGCUGCACUGUGUCAUACUAUCUACUAUGGUAUUGUGGUUAGGUGUUUGUCCCAAAGAGCACCCUACUCCUUAUACAGUGGACUACUUUUGGACCAGGCCAAAACAGGGAAUAGAGCAGAGUGGACAGAAGAUAGGUCUGCAGAAAGCUUACCCCUCGCCUCCUAAACAGUAACUAAAAUAAAAUAAAAUAUUUUUUUAAACUCAUCCUUUUAUGCUUUAUAUGAAGUUCCCCUCCACUGUUUCUGUUCUGUAAAAAUAAAAAAAAAAGAAGCUCGUCAUUCAACACAUAAACAAGUUGUAACAGUUCCCUCGUCCUAGCCUGAGGGCCAGUCUGUUUGUGUUAUCAUGCCAACUCCCUGUCACUCAUUGUCAUGCCAAUUGACAGUCAUGGAGUAAACAAGAGCACAGGGGGGGGGAUCAGGCUAUCCUGGUAUCUGGUAACAGUUACACGUUUCUGUCAAAUAAAUCAAGAACAAAUGACUCAUUUGCACAUGUAGACCUUUCAGGUUAUUUUGAAGUUGUUCCCAGAGGCCUCGGUUCCUGUCUGUUAUUCCCUUUUUAUGUACUUUGCGUUUUUCUGACUUUAAACUUGAAGCUGCACUAUGUACUUUUUUUUGUUGCAUGACGGGACAAAAUACAAAAUAGAAAUGUGUAUUAUAGAUCUUUCGUUUUCAUUGAAAGCAAGUGCGAAGAAGUGGUAGAUCUGUUCUAUGUGCCCUAUUUCUAUGCUUCCCGUUUUUAAAGUUUCGUUUUUGUAUUUUUUUUUUUACUUUCGGUUUUUGUACACGAGCUUCAAACUGCUGAAAAUACAAUAUUUUGGGUUAUUGAAAAUAUAUUUCACAGCGGUUUAGAUGGUACAAUUAUUAUUUACAUUACACUUGAUUGCCUACUUUAAGUUUAUAUGUGACAAAACAAACUAUUAAAAUUGUAGUAACCAGAAAUUGUGGAGCAUUUCUGCGUAGUGUGUCUUUAAGCAUGAGAACAGGUCUAUUCGUUUUGGGUGGAGAUGAAAUGAAGAAAUGAAGGUGUGUCUACUGUUACACCAGAUUCUGACCGUAAUUUACUCCCUCAUAAUUCCACCACCGUUACACACCCGGAAAUUCGAGCAAACAUACCGGUUCCAAGCGGGAAAAACAUCAUUUUAUUUUUUUCCUGAUUAGAAAUAACACCCCUCUCCACGCUGUAAUUUACUACUCGAUAAGAGAUAUUGAUAACAGCUAGCUAAAGGAGUCAUCCGUUUGGAAAAGGGAAUUGUAGAUAUAAAUGAUACUUGGUUUAUAUGUAUUUUACCUUGUAAACUCUGGAGACAAAUGUUAAACCCAGUCUCAUAGCAGCAAACUAAAGUAUAUCAGCUUUCCCACGGUAAAGUUCAUGAAAAGCUGUGCCAUUAUGCAGAAUUUAAGUUGUGCCGCCUUUAAACUCGCGAAUGUAUUAAUUGUAGUCUAUCCCGACAUUCUCUGUUUCCUGUUUCUAUCUUGUUAAAUAUUAGUCACUAUCCGUAUCGACCGUCAGUAGUCCUAAUAACAACACACGUGUUUUGUAUUACUGCCAAUUUACUGUUCGUUCCCUUUCAGUUGGUAUUGACUAUAGUAUCAUUCUAUUUCAUUCCAUUGUUUCGUUUAGCUCCAUUUGUUUCCUCUGUAAGCUCCGUCACCGCCAUGUGGUUGUUGCCGAGGAUCGUUAGUAACGGUUAAUAAUAUAUCAAAAUUUAAAAACAGACAUAUAGGCUAAUUAAAUCGCUAUGGAGUGGAGAGCAAAACAAUUAAUAAUAAUGAUAGAAAAAUAUACAAAAAAAAAUUAAAUACUAAAAAUAAAUAAAUUAAAACAUUUCAAUACAAAUGGAGUGGAGUGCAAAAAAAAUAAUAUACAAGAUACAAAAAUAUAUUUUAAAUAAAAAAAUAAAAUACUACAAUUAAAAUUUCAAUUAAAACAUUUUAACAAACAUGAAGUGGAAUGCAGACCAAGCCGUAACAGUUUGAACCUGAUGUCAUCACAAAGUUCCAUGACGGGGUAUCGCCUACGAUGUGUACACUAUUCUCCCUGUUAUAACAGUUCCAUGGUUAGAGCAGGUAGUAGAUGGGGGUAUCGCCUACGAUGUGUACACUAUUCUCCCUGUUAUAACAGUUCCAUGGUUAGAGCAGGUAGUAGAUGGGGGUAUCGCCUACGAUGUGUACACUAUUCUCCCUGUUAUAACAGUUCCAUGGUUAGAGCAGGUAGUAGAUGGGGGUAUCUCCUACAAUGUGUACACUAUUCUCCCUGUUAUAACAGUUCCAUGGUUAGAGCAGGUAGUAGAUGGGGGUAUCGCUUACGAUUUGUACACUAUUCUCCCUGUUAUAACAGUUCCAUGGUUAGAGCAGGUAGUAGAUGGGGGUAUCGCUUACGAUUUGUACACUAUUCUCCCUGUUAUAACAGUUCCAUGGUUAGAGCAGGUAGUAGAUGGGGGUAUCGCUUACGAUUUGUACACUAUUCUCCCUGUUAUAACAGUUCCAUGGUUAGAGCAG